GGCACCUUGGUUUUGCUCGAGAAGAGACGAUUUGGCCCCGUCCCGGCCUGGAGGGCCGAAUUUGUAGAGCCGGAAGCGAUUUGGUUGGUCGGAACUUCGCAUAUUUCUCCCAAAUCGGUUCAGGAUGUCCAGCGAGUUGUUCGAGCUGUGAAGCCUGAUAAUGUGGUGGUCGAGCUCUGCAGGAGCAGAGCUGGUAUCAUGUAUACCUCAGAUGCUGGUGAGCCAGACCAGAAAUUAAAGUCCAACAUGUUCUCUUUGAGCGGGGAUGGUUUUUUGGGUGCUGUUGGUCGCAGCAUAAACCUAGGAGGCCAAACUGCUCUUGCUUUACGUCUGCUUUUAGCAGUUUUUUCGUCAAAAAUUUCUUCAGAUGUUAACCGUCCUUUUGGCGAUGAGUUCCGAGCUGCUCGUAAAGCGUCUGAAGAAGUUAGUGCUCAAAUAGUUUUGGGGGACCGGCCAAUUGAGAUAACUCUAGAAAGGGCAUGGAACGCGCUGACAUGCACCGAGAAGUUGAGCUUAGUAAGCUCAGUUGUUCGUGGAAUAACGUCAGAAUCUAAUUUUUCUCAGAACAAUGAUGAGCUCCAGGAAUCAGGUGAAAAUGGUAGUUCCUUACAGCUCUAUGAGCAGCUCGGCUUUUCUUAUCCAUCCCUCCUUCAACCUCUUAUUCAUGAACGAGAUACCUACCUGGCAUGGUCUCUAAAACGAAGCAAGGCAGUGAACAAGAGUAAAAGAGUGGUGGGGGUGAUUGGAAGGGGCCAUAUGAACGGUGUCGUUUAUGCGAUAAUAUCAGACCAAGGAAACUUGCGAUUUCGAGACCUUGCAGGAAAGAAAGCUGGGGAUCAGGGUUCCAAUGGCUUCGUUAGCGGUCUCGUACAGAGCUUGGUUAGAGACACUGUAAUUGGUGUUGUGUUGUGGGUUGUAUAUGAACAAUUGAAACAACUUCAUGUAGUACCUUAGCUGUUGCUUUGCUUUCCUUUCCAAAUCAUAUAUUUUCUGAAAAUUGAUCUCAGAAUAUAUACCAUUCAAAAUUUUUAUGUAAAGAUAAUAUUUGAUCGCUGUAUCUGGAAUUAAUCCAUCCUUCAAUAAAUCAACUGAAAAUUGAGGUAGAGUUUCUUCAUUUUCCUCA